AUGGCUCACCGAAAUGAAAGGCGUGGGCUUGGAGGAAUAUUUUUUGAUGAUCUUAAUGACUAUGACCAAGAGAUGCUUCUUUCCUUUGCCACCGAAUGUGCAAACUCCGUUGUACCUGCAUACAUACCCAUUAUAGAAAAAAGGAAAGAUACACCAUUCACCGAUCAGAAUAAAGAAUGGCAGCAAUUGCGGAGGGGACGAUAUGUAGAAUUCAACUUGGUUUAUGACCGUGGUACAACAUUCGGACUGAAGACAGGGGGCAGAAUUGAGAGCAUUCUCGUUUCCCUCCCACAAACAGCACGAUGGGAAUAUGACCAUAAACCUGAGGAGGGUAGUGAAGAAUGGAAACUGCUAGAUGCAUGCAUCAAUCCAAAGGAGUGGAUUUGAUUUAAUGUCUAUGAAAAGGAUCUCUCUCUAGAUCUCCACCAGUUCUUUUGUUGUUGUUUUUUGUCAAUUUUUUUGAUGGGUUUUGGCUUGGCUGGGCCGUUGUAGUUGUACUGUAGAGAUAGGUAGAAAUUACUGUAAUUUUUUUCUAAGUUAAUUAGGUUGGUUGUAUUUAUUUCUCAAAGCUGUUACUAGUUAGCAUAACUGAAGUACCUGGUAAAAAUAGUGCAUUUUUCUUC